AUGAGCAGAUCGUCCGAUAACGGGUCGACUUCUCAACCCUUCUACGACUACGAAGCCAGUCAAGCCUUGAGUUUAACAGCGACGGCCCAGUUACCUAACAACAAGACCUUUUAUUCAAAUUCGAAUUCGGUCGAUUCGAACGCGACAACCUUAAGUAACCUGACAUCAUCUUCCACAUCACAACUUCAGAAUUGUUAUUCCAUGGAUCCGCGGGCAUUUCAGUUGAAGGUAAGGCUUUAUGCUUUAAUAUUCGAUAUUACUUUUAGUUUUUUCUUUUAUUGAUUAAGUAACUUUUAGUAUAAGACACUUUGAAGUUGUGAUAUGAUUGAUACUAUAAUUAUAUUAUUACAAGUUCAUUUUAUCAUUUUGAAAAAUGCCUUUUUGAGCGUUUUCUGAAGUCGCUUCAGAGAUCACACGUCUUCUGAACUUCCAAUAGUCUGAUUCCAAAAAACGGUUGAAGCACUUUAAGUGAUAACCGCGAGAAGCUUAUUUUAUUCGCCACUUUGGGAUGCCGACCCUGAAAUGUCGUGUGGAGAGUGUUUGGUGUCUCUGGUGGUGGAGCGUCCCCACCGAAUCACAGAAACGCUUUUUAAAAAGCAACCCUGGAGAAUUUGCUUCGCUUCGGAGUCACGUUUUCAGAAUAACUUGCACAUUCUUGCGUAUAACUUGUACAACAUUGAGGCAGUUAGAGAUAUGUUAAGAUAGCUUUGUCAUCUUUAGUCCAAGCUAUUCUUUAACAUUAAAAUUUUAAAUAAAUUGUUGAGUAUAAUUUGUGCCAUUUCAUAAUAACACAGACUCUGAUGCCUCUAUGAACCGUCUAGCGCAUGUUUAGUUUGUUUAUGAUGGACUGCUUUAAUAUUACAAUGUUUUAGAACAACCUGUGUAUGUACGGAUCAGGCCUACCCACGCCGUCUAGCUCGGCCCCUACGGCACUAGACUGGACUCAUCAAGCUCAGCUAGCCGCCUAUAAUAAGGACAGUAUGAAACAGGAAAACGAAGAUGAAGAUGAGAAGACAAAUGUAGCCGUAUAUCCAUGGAUGACGAGGGUACAUUCGAGUAAUGGUAAGUCUAUUUAUAUCUUUAUUGGCAGUUUAUUUUUAAAUUUUAUUUUUGUUUUUAAUUACCUUUGACUGUAACAAUUUUUAAAGAAAUUUCGUUUAAAAAAUUUGAAUUUUGAAAUUUUCUUGUUUUUGCCUUUUGAAAUAGGUACACUUCUGUGUUUCAAUUCUUUUUAAAGUUGCAAUACUCUAGAUUUUUAGUUUGAAAAAACCAACUUUUUCACAGUAAAAUGAUUUAUCUUAACUGACCAAACAUUGUCUCGGAGAUGAUAUCGAAAGACUGUAUUAGGUAGUCUCUUCCCUUUUGUUCUCUACUCUAUACCGUCUCUACUCCUUACUUUCCCUAUACCUUCUCUAGCCCUUACCUUUACCUUUCACCUUCCCACUCCUUACUCAGCCAGUCUUUUACCUUUUAUGAUUAAUUGGGGCGCCAUUCAUUGUAACUUUGUUUUAAAAUGAAUUUGUGGCAGUGCACCUUGGCCAUUAAUUUAAAAACACGAAUCAUCGCCUACCAGCUUGUCGACCCUGGCGGGGCUAAAAAAGACUUGUGACUGAUUCCCUCGGCCUGAUCACGGACGUUUAUUAAUGAGCUUCGUGGACGCCACCAGAUUUUGGAGGGAGGGGAGGGGCUCUAAUCCCAGCCGAGCGUCCUUCCGGCCGUCGUUCCCGAAAGGAAGGGCCAUGGCCAAUUCCUGACAGUCUCGAUAACGAUGACAAAUGUCAGGCGGUUUUUCAUGUCUAAUUAACGUGGUCAUGGAAUGAAUACAGUAGAGAGGCAUAACAAGCACAAUAUUAACAUAAAUUGAAACAUUGAGUCUUUUUUGGAAUGUAGCUUAAUUAUGGCAUUUUAAAGUAUAAUAACUAUGAAUUUUAAAAUUUUUAAUUUUUUUUUGAUUUUGAAAGAAAUUUUGACUUUUCUUUGUGUUUUUUUUUUCAAUUUAAAAUUUUAAAAUGUUCUUAUUACAAAGUCUUUAGAAGUCAAUUGUUACCAUUUUUUAAAAUGACUUCUUUUCAAAAUCAAUUCCUCUCCCUCCUUUCUUUUCUCCAAGACCUACGGCAAUAAAUUUCCACGCAGUUGUUUUGGCCACUGAAAUUGGCCAGAAAGUCGGGAUUGACUGCACAAUUUAUGGGUCUUUCCGAGAAUGUCAAAAGUGAACUUUCAGGUGGAAAUCGAGGCGAGAAACGGCAACGGACCGCUUACACACGGAAUCAGGUUCUGGAGCUGGAGAAGGAGUUCCACUACAACAAAUAUCUGACCAGGAAACGGCGCAUCGAGAUCGCGCACUCGCUCAUGCUCACCGAGCGACAAGUCAAGAUUUGGUUCCAGAAUCGGCGGAUGAAGCACAAGAAGGAGACUAAGGAUCGACCUAUGCCCGGAGGGCUGGGCGACGUGGGCGCGGCGAUGGCGGCGCAGCAAGUAGGGCAGAAUCAGAUGGCUGUCGCCAACGCCAUGCAGUUCCCGUCUAUGGGGUUUGGCCAUCUGGGGUUUACGAGGAAUCUGCUUCUGACCAACAAUUACAGUUAA